AUGUUGAAUUGUACAAACCUCUUUUUUCUAGGUGGUGAUUUAUUUGAUACGAUAACUGUAGCUCAGAAAUUCUCUGAAGAUCAAGCCUCCUUGAUGAUAAACCACCUCAUAUCUGCGUUGGCAUAUUUACAUAACCUGAACAUUGUACACCGUGAUAUUAAACCUGAAAAUUUAUUAGUGGAACUUGAGGAUAACCAAGUGAAAUUACUGAAAUUAGGAGAUUUCGGAUUGGCGUGUGAGGUGACAAAGCCUUUGUAUACGGUAUGUGGAACCCCUACUUAUGUUGCACCUGAAAUCUUGGCAGAAUCGGGAUAUGGACUCAAGAUUGAUGUUUGGGCUGCUGGAGUAAUUCUUUAUAUUCUCUUAUGUGGCUACCCUCCUUUUGUUAGCCAAGACAAUGACCAGGAGAAACUUUUUGACUGUAUUCUGUCUGGUCAAUAUGAUUUUCCAGAUGAAUAUUGGCAGGAUGUUUCUCCACUUGCCAAAGAAUUAAUUCAGAACAUGCUUCAGCUCGAUCCUGAACUACGAUUUUCUGCCGAAGAUGUCUUGGAUCACCCUUGGCUGCAAAUUGCCGAUUAGUAUCUCACCAUACAUCACAAGGAAUUGUGUAGAAUAUUUAUUUUUACUCAAUCACAGUUCUGCACAUGUAACGAAAUAGAAGUUGUAGGCAGAUAGAUGAGUUUUAAUAUAGGUAUUUGUUUUUUGGAUGGUGGAGAAAGUUCGUAUUUAUGAUUUGAAAAAAGAAUUGUAUGAAUGGUAUUAAAACCUGCAUGGAUUAUU